UCAUCGUCAUCUGUCUCUCGGGUACGUACGUGGACCUCCCAAAUUCCCUAUAUCACCUCAGCAAAAGCCCCCGCAGAGACAGAGAGAGAGAGAGAGAGAGAGAGAGAUGGCUGAAGCCAAUCGCUAGCGGAAAUCGAGACUCGAAGCCCCGUAACCGAUCACUUCUUGAAAUUGCUUGAAGCUUCUCCGGACAGGAGCCGCCAGUUUUAAGCUCAGCUGCGCCCCUUGGCUCACCAACUCGGUGCCGGUUCAAUCCCUCACAGCAACGAUGAGCAAGCGGCGAAGGCCUUGUCCCGAUGUCUGGCUCCGGGAGCUCGGGGAGCUCGCCCCCCGCAGUUUCAAGCUCCGGCGCAGCGCAUCUGAGGAUGUUGUGCUGCGAUUUGAGAUCUACAAGAAGCUGGAAAAGCAUCGAGGCUGUGUUAAUACUGUCAGUUUUAAUGAUAAUGGUGACAUUCUUAUCUCGGGUUCUGAUGACAGGCGUGUUAUACUCUGGGACUGGGCUUCUGGGAAAAGCAAGCUCUCUUUCCACUCUGGUCAUCACAGCAACAUCUUCCAUGCAAAGUUCAUGCCUUACACCGAUGAUCGAAGUAUUGUUACUUGUGCUGCGGAUGGACAGGUCAGAUAUGCUCAGAUUCUAGAAAGUGGAGGAGUCAAGACCACAUUGCUCGCCAAACAUCAAGGUGGAGCUCAUAAGUUGGCAAUUGAGCCUGGAAGUCCGCAUGUAUUCUACUCUUGUGGCGAAGAUGGAUUGGUUCAACAUUUUGAUCUGAGGACAAAGACUGCCACAGAACUCUUCACAUGCCGUCAAAUUCAUGCGAAGAGGGGGUACCUGCCAAUUAUUCAAUUAAAUGCCAUUGCAAUUGACCCCAGGGACCCAAAUCUCUUUACAGUUGCUGGAUCAGAUGAGUAUGCUCGGCUUUAUGAUAUCCGCAAGUAUCAGUCAGAUAGAGCAUCAGAUUUUGGUCAACCAGUUGACUACUUCUGCCCUCCUCAUCUCAUUGGGGACAGGGUGGGAAUAACUGGCUUAGCCUACUCGGAUCACAGCGAGCUUCUUGCCUCUUAUAAUGAUGAGUUCAUCUAUCUCUUCACCCGUGAUAUGGGUUUAGGUCCUAAUCCAUUUCCAGAAUCUCCUAAGUCAGCUCGCAAAGGAAAGAAAGGUGAGACGUCAUCUUCUUUAUCAAGUGCUAUUGCCGACGGAAAAGCUACUCCCCAAGUUUACAAAGGGCACAAGAAUCGCGAGACAGUGAAGGGUGUGGGCUUCUUUGGGCCCAAAAGCGAGUAUGUUGUGAGUGGGUCUGACUGUGGCAGGAUUUUUAUUUGGAAGAAGAAGGGUGGGGAGCUUGUUCGGGUCAUGGAAGCAGAUAAGGACAUAGUGAACUGCAUCGAGGCUCAUCCUCAUACUCCAGUGCUCGCUAGUAGUGGAAUCGAAGAUGACAUCAAAAUUUGGACUCCCACCGCCACUGAAAGAGCUGUCCUUCCGAAGAGGAUUGACGAGGUGAAACCAAAGGCUCGGUCAUGGAUGUACCACAUAUCUUCUCCCGAGGACUUGCUGUUGCAGCUAUUCUCUUCACUCCAGAGAGGAAGGACAGAGCCAGAACAUGACAGAGACAGUCCAACCAGUCAUAACGCCACAGGUCGUGAACUCAUGGAGCUCAUUUUCACAUACAACGGCAAUGAGAACGAUUCCUCAGACGGCAAUGGAGGAGGAGAAGCAGAAGGAGAAGGCGAUGGUGGUGAUGCCUCCGGUCCCGAGGACUUCUUUAGCUGAUGCAUAAUGACGCUGCGACUGCCGGCUUUCCUGUUCCGUAAGUUGUACAUAACAUAGGAUUCGAUACGACCUCUAUUAAACUCUUCUAAGGUGAAUCCAAAUAAUUACGUUCUCUCUCUGUUUUAUAGGUCCCUGUCAGUGUCCCUAUACACUUAUCUAUCCACAAAAAGUCAUCUCAUUAGUUGAUCUCUGUUUCGGAUAUUUGAGGCCUUUGCCUUUAACAACUUUCUUCGAGUGCUUUGCUAAGUUAUCCACAUGUGUGCAAGUUCAAAGCUU